ACGUCAUUGAUGCAUUUGCGUUACCACAAAGGACAUGCUAUCUACAGGAAGAGAUGAAGAGUUUGAUAAAUGUCACUUUCAACAAAGCUUUGAGACUGAGUUUUGUAUAGUUCGAUCUUGGACAGCUCUUAAUCAAGACCCAACUUUGGGAAUACCUGAAACAGAGGUUCACUUCCUUCUACCAGGUGUCUGGAUUCCAUUUUAGUAAGAGAGAUGAAGAGGUGAACUGCAUUCAGAUAACCAGUGAGAUUUCAGGGGAAGUCGUGAGAAGAUGUGUCUGUUAGAUACGCAGGCCUGAUUUUUUCCUUCCUGUCUGUGUUUAUCGAUACUGAAGAUGAAUCGGUCUUAUUUGGAAGCUGAUCGCAGCGAGCACUGCACAGUCAACGACCAAAUGGAACCAUUCACUUACUUCUACUACGUGAUCUUCUUGACUGGAAUCAUUGGGAGCUCUGUGGCGCUGUGGGCGUUCACUCGACAUGGCAAAAACAACAAAUGCAUAAACAUUUACCUGAUCAACCUACUGACUUCAGACUUCUUACUGACCCUGGCCUUACCUUUUAAAAUUGUUGUUGACUUGGGCAUUGCCCCAUGGAAACUGAAGAUCUUCCACUGCCAGUUCUCUGCCUGCCUCAUAUACAUAAACAUGUACGCAUCCAUUAUAUUCUUAGCUUUUGUGAGCGUAGAUCGGUACCUUCAGAUAACUCAGAGCUCAAAACUGUUUAGGAUACAGAACGUGGGAUUUGCUAAAAUGAUGUCUGGAGUUGUGUGGGGGUUGGUGCUGUUCAUCAUGGUCCCAAACAUGCUAAUUCCCAUCAAGACUAUAAAAGAAAAAACUCUGGUCACCUGCGCCGAAUUCAAACAGGAACUUGGACUCAACUGGCACAUGCUUACAAAUUUCAUAUGCAUCGCUAUAUUUCUGAACGCUUCGGCCGCUAUACUGAUUUCAAAUGGGCUGGUCUUGAAGCGCCUAUGUCGAAACAGGAACUAUGAGAAUCGCCAAAAUGUAAAGCAAGCUAUGUUCAAUAUCCUGGUUGUCACCCUGGGAUACGUUGUUUGUUUUGUUCCGUACCACAUCGUUCGAACCCCAUACACGUUUACACAGAACAAGGUCAUCACCGACUGCUCGCUGAAGCGCUCGCUGUUUUUAGCGAAGGAAAGCACCUUGCUGUUGUCGGUGCUAAAUCUUUGUUUUGAUCCAGUCCUCUACUACCAUCUCUCACACUCUUUUAGACAAAAGGUCUCGGAGGCAUUCAAGCCACAAAGACAGCCUUCCAUAAAAAACACAGUUCCGGCUGAAAAAUGAAAUAAAAGAAAAAAAAACCUGAACAACUCUGUAGAAAAUUACCUAAAAUAAUGUCUUUUCUAUUUGUUCACUUUUCAUUUUUGGAUGACAUUUUUGCUCUCACAUGGCUGCCGUAAUGAAGGAACAGGGUUUUUUUUCAGCUUAGACUAGUUCAUACAUUACUGAAAUCAGUGUGGACAGUCAAUAAUCUACUGGAAAGGAGCGAUCUGAUUGGCUAGAAAGGUUGUACUGAAGUAUAAUUGGUGAAUACAGUUUUUACAACACUGUAACUCAUGUGGAUAUUCUGACUACUACCUUAAGAAUUUAAAUGGCAUAUCAUUAUAUUUAUUACUGUAUAAGCAACCGUCAAUACAACUGAUCAGUCAACUUGUACUGUAUAUUUGCAUAUAUUGAGCUUUAAACCUUUCAAAUCCAUGACUUGGAAAUUAUUGUAAUGUAUAAAAUACUGAGAUAUUAGAUUGAAAAGCAAAAUGUUCAAAAAGUUGAAUGCUUUAUAAAUUACUACUGUACAUAUUUAUAGCAGAAUUGUUAAGAAAACAAUAUUCUUGUGGGCCUUUCUGAUGCUAUUAAAAAAACAGUGAUAAAACUAGUUUUAUUCUAUUAACAAGUUUUAAAUAAAUUUGACACUUGAACUGAGAUAUUGUAUACAGGAAAUUCAGACAGCAGAGGAAGUGGGGAGUAUUGUCUGGUAAGCACCAGUGGCUUGCUACAGGGAGUUGUCUGAUUCAAAAAACCUUCUGUUCUGUUUUUAAAGGAAUACCUUAUACCCUCUGAAUAGAACAGCAUUUAUCUUUUGUGUGUUUAUUAUGUUGUGCUGUGUGUUUUUAAUCAUCAUUAUUAUUAUUUCCUGUUUCUGCACUUGUGAAUAUUUACCAGGUUUAAUAAAGUCACUGGAGUAUUUUA